CCAUCCUGGUCCUGCUGAAGAGCAGCCCUGCCCUCCUGCCUCCUAUCUGCUAACUCACAUCUGGCUCAGAAAGCCAACUGAACCGAAACCGGCAGGAGGCGAGGAGGAAGCAUCGGGCGUGCUCGCCAUCUUCUCGCUCCUCUCUGUGCCGCCUUUUCGUGGCGUUCGGGCUGGGGGUUGAUUUCCCCCCAUUGGCAGCGAGGAACCGGCUGAGCCAGAAGAAGGAACUUCCUUCUCUUCUUCCUGCAAAGCGAAGCUUGUUUGAUCCUCUCCCAGAGGUAGGUUGGGAAGAGCCAUGGCGAUGCAGAGUCCAGCGGAAAGCCUGCACAGCGAAGCCACUUGCUCCAUCUGCCUGGGUUAUUUCCAAGACCCCGUCUCCAUCCACUGUGGCCAUAACUUCUGCCGGGCGUGCAUCGCCCGCUGCUGGGAAGGGCUGGAGUCACAUUUCUCCUGCCCGCAGUGCAGGCAGACGGCUUUGCAGAAGAGUUUCCGUCCCAGCAGGGAGCUGGCAAAUAUUGCCGAAAUUGCCAGGCAGCUGAGCCUGCGGGCAGGAGAAGGAGCAGCGGGAUGGGAGAAUUUGUGCGGGCAGCACCAGGAGGCUCUGAAGCUCUUCUGCAAGGACGACCAGCAGCCCAUCUGCAUGGUGUGCGACAGGUCCCAGGCUCACCGCUUCCACACCGUGGUCCCUGUCGAAGAAGCUGCCCAGGAAUAUAAGGAAGAAAUCCAAGCCCGCCUACAGGCUUUGAAGGAGGAGAGAGAAAAAUACCUGGAAAGCAGAAAAACUGGAGUAAGGAAGAGCUUGUACCUGGAGAAAACCAAAACUGAAGGGAAGAAGAUAGUGUGUGAAUUUGAGCAAUUAAACCAAUUUUUGAAGGACCAAGAGCGCCUCCUCCUGACCCAGCUGGUAGACCUGGACAGGGCCAUCACCAGGAUCCAGGAUGAAGCAGUGGCAAAGGUCUCAGAAGAGAUGUCCCACCUUGACACCCUGAUCUGGGAGAUGGAGGGGAAAUUCCAGCAGCCGGCGAGCCAGUUCCUGCAGGACAUCAGAAGACUCUUAAACAGUUGUGAGAUGAUGCAGUUCAACCCUCCGGUGGAGAUUUCCUCCGAUCUGGAAAGAAGGCUUGAGGACUUUGUUCAGAGAAACAUCCUUGUGAGAGGCACGCUGAAGAAAUGCCAAGACAGCCUGAUGUUUAAAUUGCAAGAGCCAACCAACGUGACCCUGGACCCAGCCACAGCUCACCCCAACCUCCACCUCUCCGAGGACCGAAAACAAGCCAGGGGACAACUGACCCAGCAAGACCUCCCGGACAACCCAGAGAGAUUUGACUUUGAACCCUGCGUGCUGGGCUGUGAGGGCUUCACCUCAGGGAGACAUUUCUGGGAGGUGGAGGUGGGGCAGGGGGGUGUCUGGGCCCUGGGGGUGGCCCGAGCAUCGGUCAAGAGGAAGGGACCGAUGAGCCUCACCCCCAAGGAGGGGGUCUGGGCGCUGGAGGCUUAUUACUCACUCGCAUCCCCCCGUGCCAACCUGCACCUGAACCCGCUUCCCAGGAGGAUACGGGUCUCCUUGGACUAUGAAGGGGGGCGGGUGGCAUUCUUCAGCGCAGACGAUGAUGCUCCCAUCUUGGUUUAUACCAGAGCCUUGUUCAACGGGGAGAGGGUCUUCCCCUGGUUCAAGAUGGGGAUGGGGGCUCGUUUGCAAGAAAUCACCCAAACCCCACCCUCAGAGGACCAGUCCAUGACUGGGCAGCUGAUGUCCCCUCUGGACUGGGUAGGAUUCAGGUUUCCCCUCCAGAUCUUCACAGGCUCAAGGCAUCCGUGCCGCAGUUUUAUCCAGGACUGGGAAGGAACAGGAAGAGAAAGGUACAGCCCCAUCAAAGGGAUAAAAACAACAGGUUUUUUUAGUUCGCUUUGGAAGAAAUUCAGGCGGAUAUUAAGUUUUCUGAAGGAAGAGAGAGAAGGUCUCCGAGGAAGGACAGCUACCCUGGAGUGCAGAAAACUGGAGGAUCUGCUGGAAGACCUGAAAAAUGAGAUUGAGAAGAGGCAGGCAAAAAAUGCCACCAAACCCUCAGAGGAGAUUUCCCAGCUAGAUACCCCAACACAAGGGCAGGAAGAGAAGAAUCAGCCAUCGGAUGUGAAAAGCACCAUCAGCAGGUGUGGGAAAGUGACUUUCCAGCUGCCAGUGGAUGUUUCUCCAGAGUCAGAAGAGAGAGUCUGUCACUUCUCAUGGAGGAACAGUGCUCUGAAGGAAACUCUGAAGAAGCUACAAGCCAUCGUGACCCUGGACCCCGACACGGCUCAUCCCGACCUCAUCCUCUCCGAGGACCGUAAGAGCGUGAGACGCGGGGAAGGACGACGGGACCUGCCUGAUAACCCCGAGCGAUUUGACUACUGGCCCUUCGUGCUGGGCUGCCAGGGUUUCGUGGCUGGCCGGCAUUGUUGGGAGGUGGAGGUGGGGGACGGGGGGGAUUGGGCUGUGGGGGUGGCCCGUGACUCCAUUCGUCGGAAGGGGCAUCUCAGCCUCUGCCCCCAAGGAGGGAUUUGGGGGGUAGAGAAGUGGGGGGGACAAAUCCGGGCACUCACCACCCGCAAGGUGACCCUCCUACCCCUCCGCUGGGUGCCCCGGCGGGUCAGCGUCCACCUGGACUACGCUGGAGGGACAGUGGCAUUUUUCGAUGCGGAUGAGGGGGGGCUUAUGUUCAUCUUUUCACGUGCCUCCUUCACCGGGGAGAGGGUCCGCCCGUGGCUCUGGGUGGUGGGGGCCAGGUCCCAGCUCAGGCUGUGUCCCUGAGACAGAGAGCAGCGUCUCCCCCACUUUUUACAGCCUCAGGGGACAACCAUGUGCCCCCCCUAGACCAUGGGGAACAGAAGAAAUGGGGACUUUAGCUUUUGUGUUUCUUUCUUCCCCAUGAAAUUGAGUGAUUGACGCAAAGGGAAGAGAGAGAAGCCUGAGAGAAAUGAGGCAAGAAGAGUGGAAAAGCUCUGGGGAGGGGACCCUGGGGCAACAGUGGGAAAAGGGGGGAAAAAAAAGAGUGACAGG